ACUUUUUAAAAAAAAUUUAUCCGAAAAGGAAUAGAAAACACACCUUACCAAAAGAGGUUUGAAGUGCUUCACGCUACUCGAAGCGCUUGGUUUUUGGCUUUUGGAUUUGAUGAAUCAAAAUCAAUGCUAUUUGCCGACUGCUAUUGGUAUCGUCGCUUUGAACUGGUUUAGCAUAAAGUUUUUUUCUUUUUUUAGAUACCUCUGCAUCUGCUGCAGUCGUCAAUGGAGAGAAUAAGGGCGUGUUUGCUUGCCUUGACAGUCGUGGUCGUAUGCGGCGUAGCGCAGGUCAGAUCCAGUGCUUCUGAUCAUCGUUACACAGCUGGAGAUGAAGUUCCUCUCUAUGCUAAUAAAGUGGGUCCGUUCCACAAUCCCAGUGAGACAUACCGUUUUUUCGAUUUUCCGUUUUGUUCCUCAGCUCCCGUGAAGGAGAAGAAGGAAGCUUUAGGUGAAGUCUUGAAUGGCGAUCGGCUAGUGAGUGCUCCUUACAGACUUGACUUUUUGGGUAACAAGGAGGCUGAAGUUGCUUGCAAAAGGAAGCUGACAAAGGAAGAAGUUGCCAAGUUCAGAACGGCCGUUUCUAAAGACUAUUACUUCCAAAUGUAUUACGACGACCUUCCCAUUUGGGGCUUCUUAGGGAAAGUUGAUAAGGAAGGCAAGGCUGAUCCAAGCGAGUAUAAGUAUUAUCUCUUUAAGCAUCUGAUAUUCGAAAUCCUUUACAAUAAGGAUCGCGUGAUUGAGAUUACUGUUCGAUCUGAUCCCAACGCCCUUGUGGACCUCACGCAAGAUGAACCUGUAAAUGUUGAUUUCAUGUACACUGUCAAAUGGAAGGAAACUGAGACUCCCUUCGAGAAGCGGAUGGACAAAUACUCAGAGUCUUCUUCGAUGCCACACCACUUGGAAAUCCAUUGGUUCUCAAUCAUCAAUUCUUGUGUAACCGUUCUGUUACUGACUGGUUUCCUUGCUACCAUUCUAAUGCGAGUUCUGAAGAAUGAUUUUGUUAAGUAUGCACAUGAUGAAGAAUCUGCAGAUGACCAAGAGGAGACUGGGUGGAAGUACAUUCAUGGUGAUGUGUUCAGGUACCCAAAGCACAAGUCUUUGUUUUCAGCGGCUCUUGGUUCUGGCACUCAGCUCUUUACUCUUACAAGUUUUAUAUUUAUACUCGCUCUUGUUGGGGUCUUUUAUCCAUAUAAUCGAGGAGCCUUAUUCACUGCUCUGGUUGUCAUUUAUGCCCUUACAUCUGGAAUUGCUGGCUACACUGCUGCCUCUUUCUAUUGCCAACUUGAAGGAACAAAUUGGGUUAGAAACUUACUACUGACCGGAAGCUUGUUCUGUGGGCCUCUUUUUGUUACAUUUUGCUUUCUUAACACUGUCGCAAUUGCUUAUAAGGCCACUGCAGCAUUGCCAUUUGGAACCAUUGUGGUUAUUUUUCUCAUAUGGGCUCUGGUCACAUCUCCUUUAUUAAUAUUAGGAGGUAUUGCUGGAAAGAAUACCAAGGCAGAGUUUCAAGCACCUUGCCGCACUACAAAAUAUCCUAGAGAGAUCCCGCCAUUGCCUUGGUACCGACAAACUCUUCCUCAGAUGGCAAUGGCAGGGUUCUUGCCAUUCAGUGCCAUCUAUAUUGAACUUUACUACAUAUUUUCCAGUGUGUGGGGACAUAGGAUCUACACCAUAUACAGCAUCCUGUUUAUUGUUUUUAUCAUUCUCUUGAUUGUCACUGCUUUUGUCACCGUGGCUAUGACUUAUUUUCAACUUGCUGCUGAAGACCAUGAGUGGUGGUGGAGGUCCUUCCUUUGUGGUGGGUCUACCGGGUUGUUCAUAUAUGCCUACUGUUUAUAUUAUUACAAUGCACGAUCAGACAUGUCAGGCUUCAUGCAAACCUCAUUCUUCUUUGGCUACAUGGCUUGCAUUUGCUAUGGCUUCUUCCUGAUGCUUGGGGCUAUAGGCUUCCGUGCAUCUCUGUUCUUUGUUCGUCACAUUUACCGCUCUAUCAAAUGUGAAUAGAAAUUGGAUAGUAUUCCCUAUUACAGCAAGUGGGCGUAUGAUGUAUAUAUCCAAUGGGAAGCAAUUGAGUAGUUUGGAAGAUUUUAUGAUGAUUGCCAGCGUCUUUCAUAUUACAGGAGCAGAUUGGGAGAAACUGCUUCAGACCAGCUAUGGUAGCGGCAUAUGUGGAUGCGGUAGAGCUAUUAUUGCAGUGUAAUAUGAAAUAUGAAUCAUCUAAACCUUGUUUCUUUAGGACUGCCAGAGGAUGCCAAUUGAAAAUUGUAAAAACUAUAAAAAUGAGAAUUUCUUGUUUAUGGGUUUUUUCUGUUGGGUGAGAAUCAUGUUGAUCAGGAUGCUUUGCGAAUAGCUGUGUUAUGGUUUCUUAGCUCUAAAUUCAACAA